AAACCGUUCGUUUUGAUCUCUAAUGAGAUUCUAAUUGUCUUUAGAUAUUUUUCCAUUUCCAAGUAGCAGCUUAUGCAUAUUAUUGUUUACAUAGUGUUGAACGCGAUUGCUCAUGACUGGUGUGUUAAGUAACUAAAAAAUGGUGAGUUUAUAUCGCACAAUAUGUCAAGUGACUGUACUAUUGUGUUGCUGUGAAUUAGCUCGUGCAACAGACAUUCCAAAGACACCUGACCUCUAUGCAUUUUACUCCCAACAUGGUAUCAAAGGCACAGUUAAAAUCAUGUAUAGCUUGCAGGAAAAUGGCCCUGAGAAUGUUAACAACACAAAAGGAACCAUUAUGUUUGAGCUAGACAGUCAUAUGGAUGUUGAACCAGCAUCUUAUACCUGGGCGGUUUUUGACUUACCAGUUGAAUAUACUCAACCAAUUGCCUGUGACAAGGGGUACCUUGGAGAAAAGGUUUUAGAUCUUACUUCUUUGUUUGGCCAGGUGACUUUGCCUUCCCUCAAUUUUACUGUAGACUUCAACACAAGCCUUAUUAAUAUAAUGGGAUCCACUUCAUUGUGGGGAAGGACUCUCAUUUUUGAAGGCCCAAACACAUUAUGUGCUACCGUUAUGCCAAAAGAAGGCCUUAAAGUUGCUGCUGCUCGAUUAUCUUCACCAGUGGCAGGAUCAGUGACUGUAAUGUCUUGGUCAGUUGGGGAUGAGGUAGAUACCCGUAUACUGACGGAUUUGUACCAUGUCACAGGAGACGGCACCGCCUCAAACCACGUUUGGAAGUUAUUGGUCACAGACGUUCUGGACACGAAGCAAGAUCGAGAUCGUGGAGACUGCAACGCGCUCCAGUUUCUCUAUGACCCAGAUUCUCGUUCGGGAGAAGGGUGUUCUCCACAAGCACCUCAAAACUGCAAACAGGGUGAUUUGUCGGGUCGAUUUGGACUAGUUCGCUCAGCGUCAAAACCAGGAGGAGGUUUUGGAGGUGGAUCUCGCCGCGCAUUUCGCGAUCCUCUUUUGUUCCUUCCUGAUUUGAACGGUCCUCGUUCUCUUUACAUGGUUCUCUUCGAUAAGGAGUUGCCCGAUGUUGUCUUGGCUUGCGGAAGGUUUCGUGAACUUCGUCCGAGGAAAGCGCGAGCUUUUUUCGCUCAAAAAGGCGUACGAGGUGAAAUCGUUCUUGAGCAAAGGAGUCACAUCGAUCCUACCCAUGUACUUGUUAAUAUAACAGGAUUGGCUUCGUUAGCUGGAGGUUUCCAUAUCCAUGAGUAUCCAGUUCCUAUUCCAAGAGUUCCAGGUGAAAAAGUAUGUAGCGCUACUGCCAAUCAUUACAACCCUUGGGGCUGGGUUCCGGCCGAGAGCCCUCCACCAGGUCGUGGUACCGGUGAAAUGUACGAACUUGGCGACUUAAGUGGAAAAUUCGGAAUAUUAACAGGACUCACUACGCUCGAAAACGACGUGGUAGAUACUACGCUACCACUUUUUGGACCAUAUAGUGUACAGGGGCGUGGUUUGGUCAUUCAUCUGGCUUCCGAUGGCUCUCGUUGGGUCUGCACCAACGUUGAACCUGUUGGUGUGAAAAUGACCACAGCAGUAGCAAUUUUCCGGUAUCCUCUAGGAGGCCGCGUAUUUUUACGCCAGGCAACGGAGGAUCCACUAUCUGAGACUAUGGUCUACGUCGAAUCCCUCAUCUACAGUGACGGCAGCGUCAAUGGCACCAACAACCAUCAACUUGAGAUACAUACAAAUUUACCUGGAGUAGAUUUUCAUGAUUGGCAAUCAAGAUGUCAGUCGACAGGGACAGUUUAUAAUCCUUUCAAAAUUAACGAAAAAAACGCGAGAGAUUGUAACGUGGACACGCAACGCAGGUGCGUCGUUGGUGAUUUGACCAUGAAACACGGCCGGUUAGUGAUUGCUGGGUUAGCCAGCGAGGUCAAAACAACACAGCGCCUCUUCACAGAUGUCAAUUUACCGUUGUCUGGCCCGCAAUCAAUCGUUGGACGUUCCAUUGUGAUCCUUGAUGACAAUUCCCCCAAACAGAGAGGCAAUCGUCUCGCCUGCACACCGAUAAUGUAUUACCAUCGUCACAAAACUGUGGUAAAGGACUGGUUUGGCAACGGACUGGCUACGCCAAUUGAAGGAAAGGUAGAAAUUAUUCAAGAGACCGAGUUCAGUAGUUCGUCAAUCCAAAUGGAUUUGACAGGAUUGCGUGGUGAAGUUGGAAAAUAUGGAAUUUAUUCGGCUCCGGUAAAAGUCGAUUUACAAUUUCCCUGCACUGAAUCAGUGCUUGGCUUGCCGCACAACCCUUUGAAUAUUAGUGUGGGAUCAGGUAUUCAAGCUGGAACGUCGGAUCAAUACCCCGUUGGAGAUUUGAGCUCAAAAUUUGGUCAAUUGGAUGGAUUCAGUGUAAUUCAUUCUGUUUUUAAUGACACUAAUAUGCCUCUCUAUGGAGCAACGUCGAUCGUCGGCCGUAGCUUCGUGCUGAAUCGAGCUCGAGACAAUGAAAGAUGGGCUUGUGGAACAAUGGGAUGGGGAUUCUCCCCAUCAGAGGCAUCGGAAAUUCGAGCAAUUGCAUCCUUUCAUCACCCUGGAGGUUUUUUAACUGGAUACGUGCGAAUGAGUCAAGUAGUAUAUCACGAUGGUUCUGCCACUGAUACUGUGAUAGAAGUUUUCUUGAGGCAUCCUGGUAGGCAAAACACACGCAAUCAAUUAACCAUAACACGAAAUCAUCGAUGGGCAGUAUAUGUCAAUCCCGUCGGAGUGGACGCGGCCGUAGCUCCAGUUGAUACCCGCUGUGUUGCUUCUGGUUACAUGUGGAACCCGUCUUUCGUUCAGCUUACAGCGCCAGUAGUCGCUGACCAAAGAAAUGAGGAGGUAUACCACCAAGAGUGUCAACCUCAUGUACCUUAUCGUUGCAUGAUCGGUGAUCUUUCAGGUCGUUUGGGUCCUAUUGAUGUAGGUACCGGAAGAUACGUAUUUUCAGAUAAAAAUCUCCCGUUACAUGGGAAAUAUUCGGUGCUUGGGCGUUCAUUGAUCGUCUUCUCUCCUGAUGGUGGACGAGACAAAUUUGCGUGUGCCAACAUCGAACCAGAUAGUGAUAUCUUCAAAUUUAUUGUUAUUCGUAAACCCCGCAAAUUUGUAGCUUCUGAAUUCGUAGAAGACGUCCGUAGGGUGCUCGGAGUUCCUCCAUGGAUGCUUCUAGUUGACACACGUCAUACAAGAAAUAUUCAGAACGACCGCUGCGUCCAAUUCAAAGUCCAUUUUUACGGCCCUGUCGCUACACGAAUUGAACAAGAUUUAAGUCAGCUACUUUCCAGAGGACAGCUCGAUUCACCCACUAUCCAGGUCCAUGGCUCUCAUGUCGACCCCAAACGAUCGAAGACCAUCCCGUAUCAUGUUUGUGACGAGAGCGAUAAUGCUCAUCGACAGUCUUCAAGUGACACUUCGGCCGCUACUUCGGUUUCGUUUGCAGCAGUGCUGCUCGUCUUGACGAUUCCGCUCAUCAUUUUUACAUGAACUCUCCGUCCUUAUUCCACUCUUAAUCGAAUCUCUUAGGUUGUGAUACAUAUCGGUAGCUUUUAGAUUUUUAACAUUCUUGUUUAUCAAGUUUGAUGAUGCAGGUAUGAUGACUAUCAACAUAUUUUAUGUAUUCAUCUAAUAAUAGUACGUAUAACUUGAAAAUGUGGAAGAUGAAAAAGUGCUAAUAGCCGGCAUUGAUGAGUCCAGCCAAAGCACUUUGGAAUCCGGCAUUGUAGUCAAGUGCAACCUAUAUUUGGUGUGCAUUAAUAUAAUGUUUAAACAUCAAUUACAGUUUGACGAAAAAUUA